AUGGCCGCUCCUUCACAAAUGGAACAAACCUCCAGCAGCGUAGCAUCUGCUGCUACGUCUGAUCUGGAUAUCAGGAUGUCUCGCAUCGCAGAUCCAAACAUUGAGCUUCGUGUGAGGCACAAUGUAGCUUGCGAAAUUCGGGAAAUUCUUGACACUAUGCGAGAUUCCGACUCUGCACGCAGCCUACCACGCCUCGUUCGACCACUACUCGACUUGCUACGGUCGGGAGAGCCCUCAUUCCAGAAGGAGUCAUCGGAAUAUCAGUUUCGUCGCGUGCAGUUCGAAAUCCUUAACCGUCUCCCUGUAAACGAAGCUUUCAGAAGCCUCGUGCCACCUAUGUUCAGCUGUAUGCUUCAUAUCUUACGACACGACAACGAAGAAAACGGAGUAAACGCCUGCAAGACCAUGGUCGAUCUAAUCCGCAACUACAGAGUCGUUACUGAAGACAGCUUGACGGAAUUCGUCUCGAUCUUUCAAGACGCUUUGAGAAGUAUGAAAGACCUGGUAGCUGAAUAUCUUCAAGAAGACUCCGCUCUAGUCGACAGUAAUGUCAGUUUACCCGCUUCCCGAAGCUUUAAAGCAUUAGGAGAGAUGGGUAUGGUGAUGGUUAUAAUGUCGCAAGUACAUCGAAACCUUGUGGUAUCAAAUCUUCAGUCGACUACGACACAUGCUUUCGAAAUGUUAGCAUUGGAAUCGCCCGUUCAAAACCAAGCCAGAGUAAAUUAUGAAGCCAUGGGUGGGAUAUGGGCAGGAAUGUCUCCGGAUAUUAAAAAUAUGAGCAUGUAUCAUGACUUGAUUCAAGCACAAAUAAAGAUGUUGUCGUAUCUGGCAUAUGUGAUGCGCUUCCCUGGAGAGCUCGCAGACUCCUACGGGGAAACUCUCAUUCUUAGCGCAUUGCGUCUUCUACAAGACUGUCCCUCCAACGGUAUUGCAAUGCGAAAGGAAUUAAUGGUAGUGUUCCGCCACUUGAUGGGGACGCCUCAUAGGCGAGCUUUAUUUAAUAGUCUAGACAAACUUUUCGAUGAAAAGGUCUUAUUGGGCACAGCGGUGGCUAGUCAAGAAGCUCUGCGCACCACAGUCUACACCGCAGUGGCCGACCUCGUUCAUCAUGUAAAAAACGACUUGACUGCUUCGCAGCUUGAACGAAUAGUGCAUGUCUACUCGUCCAUGAUGCACAAUCCGGCUUUUGGAUAUAAUCUGCAUACUCUUUUUGCGAAGAUGAUGUUUGGGCUGGCAGACGUAAUUGUUGCGAAGGAAACAUCUCAAGGAGCUGCUCGGUUGCUUGAAACUAUGUUUGAAACAUGUUUAGAAAAGCUAGAAGGACUUUGUGUUGUGCAGGCAGAUGUUUCUGGAUUAUUGGAAAGGAACAAACAGAAAGAUUCCAUUGUUGACCAGUGGCCCGACGUUACCAUCAUUGAAAAAGCUAGGCCCAUUGGUGGUGCAGUCAAUUAUAUCGAAAAGCCGGAGGAUAUACUAGUCGGCAAGAUGGUUUUCAGAACACUCCUUCAUGGUUUCCGUGUAUGCCUCAAUUCUUUGAAAAAAUGCGAUGCCCCACCUCCAGACGGUACCCUUAUUUUCCGCUUCUUCGAGGCAUCUAUACGUUGCAUGUCUUUAUUUGAAUCGGAUCCCCGGGUUCCAGAACAAAAUGAACCAAUCGAUUGGUUCGGUCAUGCUCUGACAGAAGUCAAUUUACAUGUUUUCCAAGAAGUGUGGACGCAUAAAAUUGAAUUCUUUUUCGAACGUGCUCAAAAGCGUAUCAUGUUGCUAAAUGUCUGCCAAUUUCUGUUUUCACGCGAUACCACUUCGGCUACCUUGUUGGCCAUUGUUCUUCGAUUUUUGGUCGAUCGUCUCCCACUUUUAGGAGAUCAUGAUGAUCUUACUGCGGCAGCGACAAUACGUUUGUAUAAAAUGGCUUUUGGGGCCGUAUCAGCACAUCCUGUAUCCAAUGAAGAAAUUCUUGCAGCGCACGUUAGCAAACUUCUUAUGGAUUGUUUUCCGCUUGCAGCAAAAGCUACCAAACCAGCAAAUUAUUUUCAUCUACUUCGGGCGCUUUUCCGAGCUAUAGGUGUGGGUGGUGGCCGAUACGAAAAACUUUACAAUGCUGUCGUUCCACUUUUGCCGGACAUGCUGGAGAGCCUCAAUAGACAACUUUUAGCUACAGACGGACAAACACGAGAUAUGAUUGUUGAGCUUUGUCUUACAGUCCCUUUGCGUCUCACACACUUGCUCCCUCACCUCACCUAUCUCAUGCAACCCCUUGCGUUGGCUUUGAGAGGCAAUCCUGACCUUGUAUCGCAAGGUUUGCGUACCUUGGAACUGUGCAUUGACAAUCUCACUCCCGAUUUUCUGGACCCGACGCUUAGCACUGUCCUUCGCGAUUUAAUGGAAGCGUUAUUCAAUCAUUUAAAACCUUUGCCUGCCCCACACCACCCAGCUCACACAACAAUCCGGAUAUUGGGUAAAUUAGGCGGUCGAAAUAGACGCCUUCUCAACAAAGAGCCCGCAUUAACUUAUCGACAUCAUUCCGAAUCCGCGAAGUUUACCAUUUCAUUCAAUGGCAUUAUCGAAAAAAUUGAGAUGGGCCCCUUAUCGGCACUCGCUUCACGGAACAUUAGCAGAUCAUCGCCAAACGAUCGCAUCCAUGCAUAUAACUAUUUACAAAAUUGCUUGUCAAUUUUGUUUCAUGAGGGAAUCGUUGGUCGUAAUGUCGAGGAAACAUUUAUCAACGCCUUGGAAGGCAUAUUCGAUGCAUUACACCUCCCUGAAGUGGAAGAAAAAGCCGAGUCUUUUGUACGAACCCUCGGUAAAGCCGUUUUCGCAGAAGAAAUACGUCGUACACAAGCUCGAGAGGCCGGUACACGACCUCUUCCCAGUGUACUGUUGUCUUCUUAUCUGGAUGCGUUUCCCCACGCGCUUGCGCGCGACCAACAAGACCAAGCAAACAAAGCUCGAACUGUUAUUUUUUCCAUUGUGUGCGAUCUUGUGGCUUCGAAUGGUCGGUCGAACGUGGUAUCACAUGAGCUCAUGAUGAUCUUACAUCAAAUUGCCAAUCGAUUCACUGCAUUAUGUCUCGAUGAUUCAUGGACGAGAAAAAGUGCUGGCUGCAAUGGCAUCAAAAUUAUGGCACAAACACCUGACUUGGGGGCUAAAUGGAUUACGGAUCGUGAAUUGGAUAUCUAUCGUACUUUGCUCCAUAUCUUGAAGGACCUGCCGUCUGAAGUUCCCCGGGAUGUAGGUGAAGUGAUAGACGUUCUCAUUACCUGCAUCCGAAUCAGCAAUACGCACGCUGAUUUUCAGGGAGACGGGGCAACGCAUGCGUUCAAUAAAUUGGUGCAUACAGUUGGAAUAUUUUUCCCGGAACUGCAAAGUCCCAACCCUCUGGUUCGUCAAGCUGCCCAAAAAUGUAUCGGGGUUUUAGUUGAGAUCAGUGGUAGGCCGGCAGUUGAAAUGCUCACACCCCACAGGGAUCGUAUGCUGAUGGGAAUUUACACCAAACCUCUUCGUGCUCUACCAUUUUCGAAGCAAAUCGGCAUGAUUGAAGCUAUUCGCUACUGUGUAAGCUUGGAUCCCCCAUUAGUGGAGUUGAACGAUGAACUACUUCGCCUUUUACAUGAAACAUUGGCUCUGGCUGAUGCUGACGAUGCACAACUUCUCGGUCCCCGCAACCUUCGCCAAGGAGGCUUUGAAGUGAUUAAGCUCAGAGUUGCCUGUAUAAAGUUAUUAACGGCAGCAAUGCCUCUCACUGAUUUCUUUUCCCGGCAAACUCAAACGCGUCAGAGAGUGACCAGUGUUUAUUUCAAGUCGCUUUACUCCCCUUCUCCUGAAGUUAAAGAUGUGGCCCACGAAGGUCUUCGAAUGGUGCUGACGCAUCAAAGUCGACUACCGAAGGAACUGCUCCAAACAGGCCUCCGGCCCAUUUUGAUGAAUCUGGCGGAUCCUAAGCGCCUCUCAGUUCCGGGCCUCGAGGGGCUGGCUCGGCUUCUGGAGCUUUUGACCAAUUACUUCAAGGUCGAGAUCGGUCACAAACUCCUCGACCAUUUUCGCAUUGUUGCCGAUCCUCAGUUAUUGCAAGAGUCAUCCAAACUUUCACUAGCAGACAACGAAGGUAUCACUAAACUCGUUCGGUUGGCCAACAUCUUUCAUCUCCUCCCGUCUGCUGCCAACAUAUUUUUGGAACCGCUUGUCAACGCAAUUGUGCAAACAGAAGCUCAGAUGCACUUUUCGACCAAGAGUCCAUUUUCAGAACCAUUGGCGCGAUAUCUCGAUCGGUAUCCUGCUGAGGGGAUUGAUUUGUUUUUGAGACAUUUAUCCUAUGCGCGACAUCUUCGAACAUUACGCAGUAUAUUGCAGGCAAAGUUAGCACCUAAUCUUCUUCGCGAAUUGGCAUCGCGAACACCAGCCCUGGUUAACCGGUUGCGCGCGGGAAAUGAAAGGAAUGUGGUAACAGCCAUUUUAUGCCUGUUUGAUGAUAUCAGCGACCUCCUUCCUGCAUGGCUUAUUCAAAAUGAAUAUGCUAUCGAUGCUGUGAUUGAUACUUGGCACUCGAACAUGCCACAAGCUGAAACUUUUUCAAAUGUUGCAACUGAUAUAUCCCACCGCUACUCUUUAAUGACUUCCAUAUUUACCAAAGCUCUUAGGCAGUCACCUCGUAUCGACCUACUAUUCGAGAUCAUAUCCAUUUACACCAUGGAUCUAGGGAUCGAUAUUAUCGCUACCACCAAAUUUCUCUACGAACAUGUCGCACUGAGUGAAGACAGUAUAUUCAAACGAAAUUUGCUAAUGCGCUUUGUAACCUGGUUCUCUGAUCCCAGCUUCACAUUUUCACAGAAGGCUUACUGUAUCCGCUAUAUCAUAUCUCCGACUCUAUUAAUUCAAGCCAAGCGUCCCGGUCAAACAUGUGCUCUUAUUGACUCGGAUUUUGUUGAUUGGAUGCACAAAACAAUUUGGCAACCUAUGAACGACCUUUCCGCCUUCCAAGACGCCGGAGACUACUUCAGGAUAGAAGUUCUUCACCUGACUACUAUCCUCGUUCAAUUCUAUCCAAACCUUCUCGAUGAUGUUCGAAAAGAUGUCAUGAGAUACGCAUGGUCAUACAUCACAACCAACGACGACAUUAUAAUCAAGCAAACGUCCUAUCUUCUUGCUGCACGUUUUUUCGCGGUAUUUCCUACCCCACAAAAAUUUAUUCUUCGUGCUUGGACCGGACUUUUGAGGAUGAAUCACCUUGAAGGCCGUAUAUCUCUUCGUCAAGAAGCUUUAGCAGUCUUAGCUCCUACUCUCCCCAAAUCUGAAGGUAAUGAGCCACCUGGUCAUCCAGCUUGGGCAAUAACUACCAGGAGGUUGCUGGCCGAGGAAAGUUCUGCAACAAUGAUGACCAUCUAUCAUCUCAUCACCAAACAAUCCCAACUUUUCUUCCCAGUUCGAUCACUCUUUGUUCCGCACAUUGCCAGCUCUCUCAAUAAGUUAGGCAUGCUGCCUAGUUCGACUUUAGAGAUGCGUAUCCUUUCUAUUGAUGUGCUGCAGGUGAUAUUCAACUGGGAGGAACAAUCGAAGCAAGCAGCAAAGUCCAACGUAGUUCAAUCCGAUCCUCACGCGGACGACGCAACUUGGUCAACACCUUUAACACUACGUGAAAAUAUGGUUAGCUACCUUGUACGGCUCUCUACCAUUCCCCAUGACCAGCCUGCUAGAGCCGCGCUACUUCCAAAAGCACUCUCGCUUCUUCACCUAAUUGUCGGGCCAAACGGGUGGAACGAUGUCACCGUUGGAUUGCGUUUCUUCUCGAGGGUUCUAGAGAAUGAUAUUCCGACCGACAACGCUAAUUCCAUUGCACAAGCUUUGUCUGCGGCGAAAGUUCUUCAAGUCGUCGCUGCCGAGCAACCCGAUUCAUGGUAUACGACGAAUGCUGUGAUACUUCAAAAACUCAUUCGCAAGGGGUUGUUAGUCGAAGAGCAUAACAUGCAUGAUGUUUUACGCCCUAUCUUCGACAAACUUGUCCGGCUGUAUCCUUUGCCAAAAGAAGAAGACGAACCCCAUGGGGAGAUGUCAGACUUUCACAACUUUAUAUACACCUCCAUUCAAGAUGGCCUUCGCAAUUCAUCUUCAUUGCCAGGUAUUCUUGGGAUGCUCAAAUCGGUUGUUGAAGUUGUUCCAGAGAGAAUAGAACCUUUUAGUCAACUCCUCAUGAAAUUGCUCAGCAAACUCACCAAAGACCAUAUUCAUGCCAACACUGCUGCUGUUGGGUAUGACACGAAUGUUCGUUCGGUGACCACCAUCCUUGAUAUAUGCCAACUGUCUGUUGCUUUCUUAGGAGACCAGCGACGUUGGCUUUUGAGCACCCUUUGUGUUUUCGUAGACAAAUCAAAGAGCAUAGGCUUGUGUCGAUACAUCCUCGACCUUUCAAGGACCUGGGCACUUCAUCGCCAGGAAGCUUAUCCAACAAUGAAAGAAAAGGCGACACUUCUUCAAAAGAUGACUUUAUAUGAAUCACGCGGGGAUACAAUAUUCCAUGCCUAUCUGGAACUCGUCUAUGACAUCUACACGGAACCUUCCCUUCGACGCAGUGACCUAACAAAUCGCCUUGAACAAUCAUUUUUACUAGGUUGUCGGGCGAAGGAUUCUGUACUACGGGAGCGAUUCAUGGACCUUUUCGAUAUGAGUGUACCGCGAUCGCUUUUUGGGAGGUUGACCUAUAUCUUGGGCGUGCAAAAUUGGGAUGCCAUUGCUGACCACAAUUGGAUAUACUUAGCGCUCUACCUGAUCCUUGGAGCCGCAGAUGUGAAUUUGACUUCCAAUCUUGACCGCCGACCUUUGUCCAACGCAUCAUCUGUCAUGAUAAGCAGACCUCAAAUGCAAGACAUCAUUCGUCCUGCUCAAAGAUUGUUGUUCCUGGACCCACAAACGGCUCACGAUACAUGGGUCUCCGUAUUUCCUGCCAUAUGGUCUUGUUUAACAAGGAGAGAACAAUCAGAAAUCACAAACCACAUGGUCAUUUUACUCAGCAAAGACUAUCACAUCAAGCAGGCUUCUUUGCGCCCGAAUGUCGUUCAAACCCUCCUUACUGGCAUUCAUGCCUGUUCUACUCCAAUGACUCUGCCUCCGCAUCUUGUGAAAUACCUUGCAAAGACCUAUGGAGCUUGGCACAUCGGCUUGGAAAUCUUGGAAAAAUCGUUGGACUAUACAAAAGAUGACGAUCUGACCAUAACAGAUCACAUCUACGAUUCUCUAGCGGAUGUUUAUGCUGAACUUGCGGAAGAGGAUAUGUUCUACGGAUUAUGGCGGAAACGAUCGAUACGAAUUGAAACCAAUAUUGGCCUGGCUUUCGAACAAGCUGGAAUGUGGGAACAAGCUGCGCAGACGUAUGAACUAGCCCAGAGUCGGGUGCGAGCUGGCACCAUUCCAUUCUCAGAAACCGAGUUCUGCCUGUGGGAAGAUCAGUGGGUACUUGCUGCCCAAAAGCUUCAACAUUGGGAUGUGUUAUACGACUUUGCCAAAGGUGAAGCAAAUCAAGAGUUGACUCUGGAGUGUUCCUGGAGGAUUAAAGAUUGGAACGACCAGAAGGAAGCUCUAGAGGCCCAAAUCAACCUUCUUCCUGAAAUCCCUACUCCAAGGAGAAGAGUAUUUGAGGCGUAUAUGGCUUUGCUUAAACAACCGGCUGCAUUGGAUAAGAAUGUUGAAUUUACAAAGUUCCUGGAAGACGCCAUGCAGCUCUCUCUACGCAAAUGGGUUGGAUUGCCUCAACACCUCUCAGUCGCCCACAUACCACUUCUUCAACAUUUUCAACAAUUUGUAGAGCUUCAAGAGGCUGUACAGAUCUUUGGAUCUUUGUCACAGACAAAUGCUCAGAACUUGGAGAAAAAGUCUUCUGAGCUCAAGAUGGUUCUUCAAGCCUGGCGUGAAAGGCUACCGAAUAUAUAUGAUGAUAUCAACAUCUGGAGCGACCUUGUUGCGUGGAGGCAAAACGUAUUCAGCUCAAUUAACAAUGCGUAUAUGCCACUGAUUAGCACUUCUAACCACGCGGGCGCCAACAAUGCCAAUACAUUUGGUUAUCGGGGCUAUCACGAAACUGCAUGGAUAAUCAACCGUUUCGCUCAUGUCGCUCGAAAGCAUGAGUUACUCGACGUCUGUUUCAAUGCUCUCACAAAAAUAUAUACCUUGCCGAAUAUCGAAAUUUCGGAAGCGUUUUUGAAGCUCAGAGAACAGGCUAGAGCUCAUUACCAAAAGCCUAACGACCUACAAGCAGGUUUGGAAGUUAUAAACAAUACAAAUCUUAUGUUCUUCUCGACGGCACAGAAAGCCGAGUUUUAUACCUUGAAAGGGAUGUUUUUCUCGCGUAUGCUACGCCCCGAAGAUGCUACCCUCGCAUUCGGUCAAGCCGUACAACUCGAUAUCGUGCAGCCAAAAGCCUGGGCGGAAUGGGGCCGAUUCAGUGACCAUCUGUUUAAAGACAAUCCUUCCGACCUCGGCCAGGCUGCAAAUGCGGUCAGUUGUUAUAUGCAGGCCGCUGGUUUGUAUAAAAGUGGGAAGUGCAGACCCUUACUGGCGCGAAUUUUAUGGCUUCUGAGUUUGGAUGAUUCAGCAUCGACAAUAUCUCGGGCCUUCGACACAUACAAAGGAGAAGCGGCGUAUUGGUUUUGGAUUACUCUUAUUCCGCAACUCUGCACGUCGUUGUCAUACCGUGAAUGGAAGCAAGCUCGGUAUCUUCUUUUGAAUUUAGCGAGACAUUACCCUCAGGCAAUCUUCUAUCAUUUGCGGACUACAAGGGAGGAAAUGCAACUUAUGAAGAAAGCCUUCGCUGCUCGUGCCGCCGCUCAAGCUGCUGCCGCCGAAUCUUCUCGACGACUAAAUCCCGAGCAUCAAGCAAACGACCCUAUGCACUCUAGUGCCUCUGCACCAACCAACACACCGGCAUCCGUUGCUCCCGAUUCUGCGACCAUUCCAAUGCCUAUGCCUCCCAAUCUUUCGGACCCGUCAUCACAGCCUCGACAAGCUUCUGAACAUGUAGAUGAAAUUUUACAAACUUUAAAGACCUCUUUUCCCUUGUUGAUUCUUAGCCUGGAAACAAUGGUGGAUCAAAUCCAGCACAAGUUCAAACCUAAUGCCGAAGAAGAAGUGUAUCGAAAUAUUUGCAUGUUGCUUUCUGAUGCUGUUCAAAAUUAUGUUAUUCGCAUCAAUUCUCCUGAAGACGAUGGCCAACUCACUGCUAACACAGUCGCCACAUUGACGCGGAUGUUUAUAAAUCUUCCCGCUUUCGUCAAGAAGGAGUACGAGGAAGACUUUAUAACAAAUAAACCCACACAUUACGAAUAUAUCCAACGUCUCCAAGCAUGGCGAGAUAAAUUUGAAGGGACCUUCGACAACAGACCUCGCAUCCAACCAUUGGUCGUUCUCAGCCACUAUCUUACGGAAUUUCAGUACAGCAAAAUUGAUGAAAUUGAGGUUCCUGGUCAAUAUACUGAGGAUAAGGAUUCCAAUCAAUAUUUUGUCAGAAUCCAGAAAUUUGCCCCCAAGUUCGAAAAUAUCCGUUCAAAUGGAAGUUGUUUCAAGAGACUUACAAUCCACGGAAGCGACAAUUCAAAGACUUCUUUCACCGUUCAACUCCCCUGUAAUCGACAAUAUCGUCGCGAAGACAAGGUGAUUCAAAUGCUCAGGACGUUUAAUGGAGCACUGGCUAGAAACAAGGAGAGCAGGAAGCGUAACUUGACCUUUCAUCUCCCUGCAGCCAUUUCUUGUAGCCCGAACGUUCGUCUCUAUCAAACUGAUUCUUCUUACAUAUCCCUUGGCGAAAUUUAUGAUCUGCAUUGCGAAGAAAGGGGUUUUUCGAGGGAAGAACCUAUCUUGUUUGUUGGCGAGAAUGUUAGAAAGGUGCUGCGCGAUUAUCGUCAGCAGCAUUCAAAGAAACAGCCAAGCAAAGUGGAAUACGUUACUUUAAAGAAGGACUCAUGCGACGAAGUGAGCAGCAAGAUGGUGCCGGAUGAUGUACUUGCAAACUACAUGGCUCGCAGCAUGUCUGCACCGGAUGAACUGUGGCGCAUGCGGAAACAAUUUGCUUUACAGAUUGCCUCAUGCAGCUUCAUGACCUAUCUAUUUUGUCUCGCGAGUCGCCAUCCAGCGCGGUUCCAAAUCUCACGUUCAACCGGCUUGAUUGCCAUGACAGAAUUACUACCGGCAACUCAUGCUUCACAUCCUUUGUUUGCAACAAAUGAUGUUGUCCCCUUCCGUCUAACUCCUAAUAUGCAAAACUUUUUGGGACCAAUCUUUACUGAGGGACUUCUUGCUCCUGGUAUUAUGGCAAUUGGCAGAUCGCUGACAGAACCAGAGUUUGAUCUGGAACAACAAUUAUGUCUGUUGAGCAGGGACGAGGUGUCUCUCUGGUUUCAACAAAGAAGUCGGGGUGUCGUCGUCGAUAAUCAGUUUCGAAUGCACGUAAAUGCCCAUGUCGAUAACAUUGUGAAAAGAGCUGAAAGCUUGGCUUGCAAGCUUGAAAGAGAACAGGCUCUCAGCGGAAACAUAUCAAAUGUAACCACUCCUGUUGUAACUACGGUGACAGGCCUGAUUUCCACUGCCACCAAUCCAUUACAAUUAGCCAAAAUGGGAGAAUUGUAUCAACCAUGGUUUUGA